AUCUGUCUAUUGAUGGGACUGAACAAACAACACUAGAACUUUCACUUCACAUUAAAACAAGCACUAAAGUCACUCGAUUCACCGAAGCUGGACGGGUUAACAUGAUUUACUCGUGAGCAUCUGAUCCAAGGACUUCGGGUUGUGUUUAUUAACGAUAUUUAUUUCUCUCACAUUAAAUCAUCAGUUGACAGAGACACGCGAUGCCCAGUCAGACUCUGCGUCCCAGACUGUGCGUCCUGGAGAAGGGAGAGAAUGGAUACGGCUUCCACCUUCACGGAGAGAAGGGCAAAACCGGACAGUUCAUCCGCCUGGUCGAGCCCGAUUCCCCCGCCGAGUUCUCCGGUCUGCGCGCGGGCGACAGGCUCGUGUUCGUUAAUGGAGAGCGCGUGGAGACCGACAACCAUCAGCAGGUCGUGGCACGGAUACGCGCGACCGCCGGUAACCUGGAGCUCAUAGUUGUGGAUAUGGACACCGAUCAGCUGCUGAAGAAACACGGGCUGAUAUGCGUGAAGGAGUUUGUCACGGAAGGAGUUCCGGUGCCUGAGUUUGAUGAGCCUGAGAUUGACAAGAAGGAGGAGGUGAUGGGAAACGGCCAACCGGGAGACUGUCCGCCGCCGGUCCCGGAGAGAAACGUGGAGAUCAUUCCCGUCUACAUUUAUUCACGGGAAGAACACAGAUCAUCAGUGAGCUCGGAAACGGACUGUAAACAUCAUCUCAGGCCGAGACUCUGUGUUAUUAAGAAAGGUCCCAAUGGCUUCGGCUUCAACCUGCACAGUGAAAAAUCCAGACCCGGCCAGUACAUCAGAGCUAUAGAUGAGGACUCGCCAGCAGAGAGGUCCGGUCUCAGGCCUAAAGAUCUGAUAAUACAGGUGAAUGGGGUUUCAGUGGAGGGGAAGCAGCAUUCAGAGGUGGUGGCUGCUAUCAAAGCCGGUGGAGAUGAAACAUCGCUGCUGGUCAUAGAUCCAGAUACAGAUGCUUUCUUUAAGAAAUGUAAAGUGACGCCCAAUGCAGAGCACAUCACAGGACCAUUACCUGAACCUGUGCUCAACGGGAACAUGGAGAAUAAGGUUAAUGGAAAUGUGGCUAAAGAAGUGGUGCUGAAGGACUCCAAGGUAUCAGUCAGUCCAUCCCCAUCCAACUCAUCUUCCAUUACCUCUUUCACGACUCCGCCCACUGGGACUCCGCCUCCUGAGGCUGUGGAGGAGUCUAUCGUGAAUGCCAUACCAGAGCUGAAUCUGUCUCUACAGCAGGUAAAGGAACGCGCUCACCAGAAACGCAGUAAUAAGAGAGCGCCACCUAUGGACUGGAGCAAGAAAAACGAACUGUUCAGUAACUUAUAAACCUCUCGUAGCUUAAAGAGUAGAUUUAAUGAGGUUUAAAGCAGUCGACUCAGUAUGAUGUACAGUGUGUAUAUCCUGUAUACACACAGAUUUAUAUUGUAUUCAGAAGAUAUAUUUUACUAACAUCCGAUUUUUUGUAAACGGAGCAAACAGAAUGUAAAAGUCUACAACUGUGAUGUAUUACAAACAAUGGCUGUGCUUGGAAUGAAAUACUAAUGUUUUUACACCUAGUUCAGUUGAGCCCUCCAAACGCUCCCGGAGCAGUUCAGGGUGUAUAUGUGAACAAACCAAGUGAUCUCAGACCCCCCUUAAAGCACCCAAAAGUGAACCGAACUCAGACCACGUCUGAGUUCUUAUGAAGUUGUGAUGUAAAAGGGUCUGACAUCACUUCAGUUCUGAAGAGGACCAAAAAAUGAACUAGGUCCUCUUUUGAGUCCACUAUAUUGUGAACACUAAAAGGACUGAGGUCACAUUCGGCUGAUUCACUUUAAGUGAACUGGGUUUGGUUCUUUAAAAAUGAACUAUGUGUGAAAACACCCUUAUACUACCUAUAUUAUAUGGUGUACAUAUAAUGUAUACUGCCUGUUAUGUUUUUAUGAAUUUGUAGAGUCAUUAAAGAAAAAAUAACUUGUCACACUGGAAAGGUCGACCACAUUGCAUUAUGGGAUACAGUAUUCCAUACUGUAUGUGUGCAGGACAUAUUUUGGAUAAAAAACACAUCAUCCUGGUAUUCAAUACAUAUAUUCACAUACUAUGGACUAGGGUUGCAAAGCGACUUUUGCUUCUGUUUCAGGUCAAUUUUCAAUGGGAAUCCUUGGAAAUAUUUAGAAAAUAUUCGAAAUUGGAAACUUUAAUUCAACUGAAAUUGCAUUAAAUCUUGUUGUUUUAAACAAAAUUAUGCUUAACUAUAUUUAAGUUCAUUGUUAUAUGCAACUCUACAUUUUUUUUUUUUACAAAUUCCCAGUUUAUUCCCAUUAAUUCCCGUUAAUUCCCAUGGAAAGUUUCCAGCCUUGAAUAUUCCCAGAAUUUCGCAACCCUACUGUGGACACUAUACACAAACAUGACUUUAGUGUGUUAGUAUGCUAUUCCAUAUGUAGCCAUUGUAUCUAAUCUACUGUGUGUGUGGUAUUUUGAGCAGGUGUGUGUUUGUGUGUGUACAGCUGUAUAGGGUUUGAUGCGUGAUCGUGCUGUACAGGUGUGCAAGUGAAUUACCAAACAAUGCAGUUUAACUUUUAUUCUUUCUAGCUGUUCCCAUCCUUACCCUCAUGUCUCUGUUGAGGCACAUUUCAUUUCUAUAAUGGACCAAAUGAAGACUGUAGAUAGAAACGCAUCUUAAACUCAACUAUCAUUGUCAGCCAAUGAGUUCAUUUGUUAACUAUGAAUAACAGAUCGUAUACUGUAGGUAUCUCUGCGGGUUUCUUUUUUUAUAUAGAUUUAUCCACCUAUGUACAUGCUAUUAUGUAAUACUGCACUUUCAAUCACUGUGAUGAAUUAAUUCUUGUAUGUGUGCACACGUGUAUGUUUUUUUCUACGUAAUUUCAAUAAAUUUAUAGUUCACAA